UGCCACAUGCGUGCCUGCCUAUCUGGGCAACACCAGUCUGCCGAAGGCUGUAUAUAUCUGAAACAGCGGCAUUGUGCUCUGCCCCUCUCUCUCUCUCUCUUUUACGAUUCUUCGAUCGAAUUUACAGCUUCCCAUUAAUGGGUUCUCUGCUCGGUGACUGGCCUUCCUUCGACCCUCACAACUUCAGCCAACUUCGACCCUCUGAUCCGUCAAAUCCUUCGAAAAUGACGCCUGUCACUUAUCAUCCUACUCAUGAUCGGACCCUUCCGCCCCCUAAUCAAGUGAUAUCUUCAGAAGCCAAAAAUAUACUUCUUAGACAUAUGUAUGAGGGUUCUAAAGAGCUGAGACCAAAGAGACCUGCCUCCGAACUUCUGACACCAGAGCAUGGAAACAAGCAUCCAAGGGCUUCUGCUUCAGACACCCCUCCCAACUGAGCUUUCCAGUCACUGAUUGACGGUUUUGAGAGUUUUUUUUUUUUUUUUGGAAGUCCGAGUAAAUAUUCCCAUCAUCAUAAUGUAGAUGUGUACGUGUGUGUGUGUGGUGUAAGUGGAAAAGGGAACUUGUUUGCUUAUUGUUGUAUUGUACAUUUUGCAUGUAUAAACUACACAGUUGUUCAUCGUCAUCGUCAUCGUCAUCGGCCCCUUAUUUCACCGAUCCCAAAUCAUGUUACAGAAGCCAAGUAUGUGUUUGACUCUCGGGUUGAUUCUCCCUGGAUUUUGUGGUGAAUUUAAUAAUUACAGUAAUGCCAUCUUGAGGAAGUUUGCUGUUAGAUGGUAUGGCA